AUGACAGAAGAAAACCAGGAAAGUGGUUCAGGUGGCACAACUACAACUACAGUUCCUCCCACAUCUGCUGGUGAUGCCAAACCCCCAAGAAAGAAGGGAAUUGUGUUAGGGAAAGAUGGGAAACCGUGUCGGACGUGUAAUUCACUGGCCGACUUCACCUCGCAAAGGAAAUCCAUCACGAAGCCCUCGGCGCCCCCGAAAGAAUGUCCGCCAGACGUGGAAGAGCUAGGCCGUUCGUCCUGGACCCUACUACACUCGAUCACGGCCACGUAUCCCGAAGCUCCCACGGCGAACGACCAGAGCAAUGUAAAGCAGUUCCUCGGGCUAUUCGGGAAGCUCUAUCCAUGCUGGGUUUGCGCGGAGGACUUCCAGGUGUUUAUGGAGCGGAACAAGGUGAGGGCGGAGAGUAGGGAUGAGUUCGGGAUGUGGAUGUGUGAGGCGCAUAAUGAUGUUAAUCGGAAGCUGGGGAAGAAGGAGUUUGAUUGCGCCAAGUGGGAGGAACGGUGGCGGACGGGGUGGAAGGAUGGAAGGUGUGAUUAA